UUUAUGGCUUUUCAGCCGAGCGCUCCAUCUUCUUCUUCCCCCCUCCUCCUUUCUUCUGAUUCUCAUCUCCAGAUUUCUCAUCCCCCUUCCCAUAAUCCAGUUCUAUCAAGUAUGAUGGGGGAAAAUUGCGAUUUAGAUAUAAUGCCUCCAAGGAAGAAGAAUAAAGGAUCAAAUAAGAUGUGUGAUAAGCUGAAUCUAAAGAAGAAGACGAUACUGAGCAAAUCACAGAAACGGAAGCUGAAGAAAUUGGAGGAAGAUAAGGAGAAAGAGAUCAUCUCUGCAAAAACCGCAGAGUUGUUAGACAAGUAUAAAAUAUCAGAGGAUAUGUCGUCGCUUUUACAAUCCUCAACAGUGAUCGGAAGAUCAGCUACGAAGCUGGAGAAACGUAGGAGAGCAAUGCAACUCUCUAAAGCUGGUGUUGUGACUGAUCAUCAUUCUGAUGAAUCAGUCGAGCAAAGAGACGACUUUGACUCUUGUAUCUCCGAGGCUACAUCACCGGAACAUGCUGAAACCCCAGUUCCGAGCUUUGAAGCUGCUCCUGAGCAACAGAUUCGUACCCCUGAACAAGAAGUCUGCCAAGAAGAUGUGGAUAUGAUUCUACUACAGACAAGUCGGCGUGAUGAUGAAGAAGACUCAGAGAGAAUGGAUGAAGAUGUAACUGUACAAGGACCUCGUGUGGCCUCGUUUGUAGUCCAUGUUACAAGACCAGCGGAAGUUGAAGAGACGAGGAAGGAUCUUCCGAUAGUAAUGAUGGAGCAGGAGAUAAUGGAAGCUAUUAAUUAUCAUCCCACCGUUAUCAUUUCAGGACAAACCGGGUGUGGUAAAACCACUCAGGUUCCUCAGUUUCUUUAUGAAGCUGGUUUUGGUUCAAAGCAAUUCAGUUCUCGAAGUGGGAUUAUCGGUAUAACUCAACCACGCCGUGUCGCUGUCCUUGCCACCGCCAAGAGAGUGGCGUUUGAGCUUGGUGUCCGUCUCGGUAAAGAAGUCGGGUUUCAAGUUAGGUACGACAAGAAGAUUGGCGAAAACUCCUCUAUCAAGUUUAUGACCGAUGGGAUUUUACUUCGUGAAAUUCAGAAUGAUUUCUUGUUGAGGCGAUACUCUGUGAUAAUUCUCGAUGAAGCACAUGAGAGAAGCUUGAACACAGACAUUCUAAUUGGGAUGCUCACUCGGGUCAUCAAAAUCCGACAAGAAUACUACGAGGAGCAGAAAAAGUCUCUACAAUCUGGAGGCACAAUAGCCUCAGAGAACCAAAUCAUCAUGCCGCUUAAACUGAUAUUGAUGAGUGCAACUUUGCGAGUGGAAGAUUUUGUAUCGGGGAAAAGGUUAUUCCCUAAGUCACCUCCGCUUAUAGAGGUUCCCACUCGACAGUAUCCCGUAACUAUACAUUUCUCCAAGAAGACUGAGAUUGGUGAUUAUAUCGGUCAAGCCUAUAAGAAAGUGAUGUCGAUUCACAGAAAGUUACCACAAGGAGGAAUACUUGUUUUCGUGACCGGGCAGAGAGAAGUUGACUAUUUAUGCGAGAAGUUGCGGAAGUCUUCAAAGGAACUUGUUGAUCAAGCUGCUAAAAGAGAUGCUUCCGAGAAGAAGAAAUGUGAAGACGCUGGUUCAUUUGGUGGUGUUGACAUGAAGGAGAUUGCUGAAGCAUUUGAUGAUGGCUCACAGGGAGAAGAUCCUUCUGAAACAGGUGACUAUCGUGAUGAUUUUGAAGAAGAAGAAGACAUGAAUGAGUCUGAUGAAGAAAGCGACUGGGAAACCGUCGAUGACGGCUUUGCCAAUUCAUUUGACGAAGAAGGGAAGAAGCUUGAUGCUCUCCGAGCAGCGUUUAAUGCUUUGGCAGGCAAAAAGGAAUCCGAAUCUGCUGAGCCAACAAGAUCCAUUGCAGCAGAGAAUCAAGAAACUGAGGAGGAAAAAAAAACAUUUGCUCCAGGAAAACUACGCGUUCUCCCGCUUUACGCGAUGCUAUCUCCAGCUGCACAGCUCCGAGUGUUUGAGGAAGUUGAGGAAGGAGAAAGACUUGUGGUCGUGGCGACUAAUGUAGCGGAAACUUCUCUGACUAUUCCUGGUAUAAAGUAUGUGGUUGAUACGGGUCGGGCUAAAGUGAAGAACUACGACAUCAAGACUGGCAUGGAAACUUAUGAAGUAGAUUGGAUUAGUCAAGCUUCGGCUAGUCAACGAGCUGGAAGAGCUGGACGAACUGGACCUGGUCACUGUUAUCGUCUCUAUUCAUCUGCUGUUUUUAGCAACAUAUUCGACGAAUCUUCCCCUCCUGAAAUCACCAAAGUCCCUGUUGAUGGAGUCGUUCUUCUUAUGAAAUCUAUGAAUAUUCCAAAGGUUGAGAAUUUCCCGUUUCCAACUCCGCCUGAGCCAUCAGCUAUUAGAGAAGCAGAACGAUGCUUAAAAGCUUUAGAGGCUCUCGACAGCAACGGACGGUUAACUCCAUUAGGGAAGGCUAUGUCUCACUAUCCCAUGAGUCCACGUCACUCAAGAAUGCUUCUCACAGUCAUCCAAAUGCUAAAAGAGGCUCAGAAUUACUCCCGCGCGAAUCUUGUCCUCGCAUACGCAGUUGCAGCUGUAGCCGCGUUGAGUUUACCAAACCCUUUGAUAAUGCAGUUUGAAGGAGAGAAGAAAACCGAGUCUGAAGAAGAUGCAGGCAAAACCGUAAAGCAGGAAGAUAAACAACGGAGAAAAGAUCGGAAAGACAAGAUCAAAGCCGCGCGGGACAAGUUUUCCAACCCGAGCAGCGACGCUUUGACGGUAGCUUACGCGUUGCAUUCCUUUGAGGUCUCGGAGAAUGGAAUGGGCUUCUGCGAGUCGUACGGCUUGCAUUUGAAGACCAUGAACGAGAUGUCUAAGCUCAAAGAUCAGCUUUUGCGUCUUGUUUUCAGCUGUUGCAAGCCUUGUGAAACUGGAAACGUUUUCUCAUGGACUCAUGGGACUAUACAAGACGUAGAGAAGUCAUGGAGAGUCACCGCGUCUUUGUCUUCCUCAAAAAGCCCGCUUUUACAGAACGAAGAAGAGCUCUUAGGAGAAGCCAUAUGUGCGGGAUGGGCAGACCGUGUAGCCAGAAAGACUAAAUCGACGGAGUACCAAGCCUGCGCGGUUCAAGAACCGGUUUUCUUGCACCGUUGGUCGUCUCUCAUAAACUCGGCCCCAGAGUUGUUAGUCUACAGCGAGCUCCUACUCACCAACAGACCGUACAUGCACGGUGCGACACGUGUGAAGCCCGAGUGGCUGGUUAAACACGCAAAGUCUCUCACUGUGUUCUCCGCUCCGCUCAAGGACCCGAAACCGUAUUACUCGAGCGAGGUGGAUAGAGUUUUCUGCUGGGUCGUUCCUAGUUUCGGUCCUCAUCUUUGGGAGCUUCCGGCUCAUAGUGUGGCAGUAAGAGACGAUAGAGACCGAGCAGCGGCUUUUGGAUGCGCAUUGCUUCAAGGAGAGGUAUUGCCUUGUUUGAGAAGCGUUAGGCAGUUACUGGCUGGGAAACCUGAAACGUUGUUGGAAAGAGAAGCUUGGGGUUUAGAAAGAGUUGGGAGUUUGGUGAGAGCGCUGGAAGAGAAGAAGAUUGAUAGUUUGGAGAGUUUGAGACAGAUUUGGGAACAGAAUUCGAAUGUGCUUUACUUGGAGAUUCAAGCUUGGUUUCAGAAGAAUUCUCGUCAUCUUGUUAAAGAGCUCUGGCAGAGAAUGCUUCAAGAGGCUGAGGUUUUGCCUUUUGAACGAUCUGGGAAGUUGAAGAGGUCAAGGAGAUGAGUGUGUUUUUGAAUUUUUUACUUUAAAUUAGUAAAACAUAGAACGGUGUUCUAUUAAAAGAUAGAUAAUUUUAGUUUAUUUGCUUCAGAAGCUUUUA